GUAGCCUUAUGCUUCUUUGUCGGUUCGGGCCAGCAUCUUGCCGCGUUCCUUUCCUUUCCCCUGGGCAGCUCUGUGUCACAGUACCGUAGGUACCUACGGUACUGGUACCGUACCUCUCCGGCCUAGAAUAAGUGUAACCGUUCAAAGAUUUUUGUACCGAGCGUCAACGGUGCACGCAAUUGGAGCCUUUAAAUAUGCUGUUGAAUGCCGCAGCCGUGCGCGGCCUCAUCCCCAAUGUGCCGCCGCUCUCUCCGCGGUUUGUGGGACCGCCGCCGCCUGUUUCGGUCAAGCGCAAGGCCCUCUUUAGCCCGACGGGCAGCCGCGACAUUCCGCACCCCGUUAAGUUCGAGAACCUCGUGCCAAGCAUCUGCCUCUACAAGCAUCGCUUCAAGGACGAAGAGCCCCCGUAUUUUCAGCUAAAACAUGGUAAAGGCAGGAAAUCAAACCUCACCAACUGCGCCGCGGCGAACCUAUUACGCGAGUACGAGCUGGUCAAGGCGAACGCAUUACCGGGCACGUGUGCUGACGUGCUGGAGCACUAUCAGACGACGAAAGCCACCAUCUCGCGCCUCAAAAAGAGACUAAAAGCUACCGGAACCACAGACUCGAGAAAAAAAGGUACAUCUGCAGCGUCCUUUGGUCACUUCAACGGCCGCCGAGAGUCGCCCAGCGACUGCGUCGACGCCACGCGAGAGAGCGCCGCUCGUUCGGGUCGGUACGGGGGGUUCGCGCGCCGCGACGGCAGGCCCCAUGGGCCCCCAGCGGAGACUAAACUGAAAUUUAUCCUAAGGUAACGUGGGGAGGACGAGCAAGGCCGACGACCCCCGGAUUAUUAAGCAGACGCGCGAUAUUUAUAGAAAGAACCGCGCUUUGAAGACGCGCGACGUGUGCGCCAUCGGGGUCCAAGACGGCGAGGGUAACAACAUCGGCCUCACGACGGUUAAAAAGAUAAAAAAGAAGCACUUCAAGACGCAUGGCGUCACUCCACGGCCCAGGAUCGUGGAUCAGAAGCACGCCGACGCUGCAUUAGCUGAUGCCGAAUACAUCUACCAAGCUAAUUUCGAGGAGAUCGCAGAUGUCGACGAAAAGUACUUCUUUGUCCCUGGUUACCACGAGAAGUACACAUACCAUAAAAAAGAAGAGCCUCCAGCCAAAGAGCUGUACAAACGAUGCAAAAACAAGAACCACCUCAUGAAGAUCAUGGUCAUGGCGAUGGUCUCGCAGCCAAAACGGUCAAAGGAUGGGUUGAGCUGGGAGCGAGACGGCAAGGUAGGCAUCUGGCGGGUGACGGAGGAGAAAGUAUACGAGAAGGGCAUCAUAGAAGGCUAUACAUUGAGACCAGACAAACGAUUCACGAAACAAGUCGGAAAGAUGGUUAGAGAGCCAGUCUACAGCAGAAAGGCGGGUGACAAGUACCAGGUCGACUGCUCCAUGGAUGGUGCGAAGUACUGCGAGAUGAUGGUUCAGACGAAUGGUGGCCUGGCAGCCGUCCAAAAGUACUUCAAAGACUCUGGAUUGGACUGUAUCGAAAUACAAGAAGAUGGGGCACCCGGUCACGGCUAUGACAACCAUACUUGGCCUCCGUCGCGGACGGAGAACCACAAAACUUUAGAUAAGGCUGCCAAAACGUACCGAAUUAAAUUCCGAAAGCAGGCAGGCCACUGCCCCUCGCACAACGCCCUCGACCAGGCGGUGUGGACGCACUUGGCCAGCCGUGUGCGCAAGCGCGUCAAUGAAUUCAAGGAGCAGAUGCCGAAGGACAAGUUAUUAGACUUGCUGUGGAAAGUCAUCGAGGAAGAAUUUUGGGCUAUGGACCCGGAGAUCCUCGACGACUGCUUCUGGUCCAAGGAUGAGGCGGCCAAGGACACGAUCCGCCUGAAGGGCUGGAGCAAGGGCAAGCAGGAGCAUAGCCAAGUACGCAUUACGAAGAAGAAGUACCUCCAAUCAAUGGGUUGGAAGCGCAUUCCGCACCAGCUACCCAAGGCAUUGGCCGACAUCGCCAACGACCCCAACAAGAAAGGUUACUGGGACUUUUCCAGCGGCGAUGAGAGUCUGUAG